AUGCAUCCUGCAGCGUCAGAUGAGUGCCCCAACGAUAGGAAAAAUGGGGACGAAAUGAGAUCCAAGUGCGAAGUGGUGUGCCAGCGCCAAAAAGCAGUGAGAUGGGUCCAGCAACGAAAGAGUGGUACGCCGGCACCAGAGAGGAGUGAGACGAUGACAGAGUGCAACGGCGUCAGAGGGAUACUCCUGCACUCGCGAUUAGCCAGUGAUAGCAAUCAGGUUAGUGGUGCAAGGGGACCACAAAAAAGUGUUCGAGAAGUCCAGAACAACGAUAGCGGUCGAAUGGGAAACGAUGAGUGUGUUGUGAUUGCAAACGAACUAAGCCCAUAUCAAGACCUCUGCGGGUUUCGAUCUACAGGCGGAUUGUCUCUUAUGUGA